AUGCUAGAAGUACUGGUAUGGCUGUUGUGCGUGGCCUGUUUGGUCUUCAGCAUCGAUGAUGGUCUUACCAAAGCAGUCACCUGGGACAAGUACUCCCUCAUGAUCAAUGGAUCCAGGGUCUUCAUCCAAGCUGGCGAGUUUCACUAUGAACGUCUACCAGUUCCGGAGAUGUGGCGAGACGUUCUCCAAAAGUUCAAGGCAAAUGGUCUCAACGCAGUAUCAAUCUACUUCUUCUGGAGCUAUCACUCCUCUGGGCCUGGUGUCUUCGACUUCGAGAGUCCAGGCAAGGAUAUCCAGAAGCUGUUUGACAUGUGCAAAGAGAUAGGUCUUUGGGUCAUGGCCCGGCCUGGGCCUUACUGCAAUGCCGAAACAAAUGGAGGCGGACUUGCACUUUACGGCAGUGAUGGGAGUUUCGGGAAGCUCAGGACCAGCGAUGAGACAUACCACCAAGCAUGGCUACCUUGGGUGAAAGCUGUCGGAAGCAUAAUUGCCAAGAAUCAGAUCACAAAGGGUGGACCUGUCAUCUUGUACCAGAUUGAGAAUGAGCUGCAGGAAAUCCCCCACGAGGUCAACAAUACCCUCGUGCUUUAUAUGGAGCAAGUGGAGUCUGCAAGCCGAGACGUCGGCAUCGAGGUGCCUCUCUAUUCUAACGAGAAAGGGAUGCGCUCUCAGUCUUGGUCGACCGACUACCAGGAUGUUGGGGGUAGUGUCAACAUCUAUGGUCUGGACUCGUACCCAGGUAGCCUCUCUUGCACGAAUCCCGACGCAGGUUUCAAAGUAGUACGCACCUACUAUCAGUGGUUCCAAAACUACUCCUUCAGUCAGCCGUCUCUCAUGCCAGAGUUCGAGGCUGGUUACUUUCAACCUUGGGGCGGCAGCUUUUACGACUCCUGUACCGCGAUGCACGAUCCGCAGUUUGCCGAUGUGUAUUACAAAACCAACAUCGGACAAAGGACUACUAUGCAAAGUCUCUACCUGGCUUUCGGAGGCACGAAUUGGGGAAAUCUGGCCGCACCUGUUGUGUACACCAGUUAUGACUACAGUGCGCCAUUGAACGAGAAGAGGGAAGUCACGACCAAAUUCAAGCAAACCAAACUCAUUGCGUUCUUCACAAGAGUCAGCUCAGACCUGUUGAAAACAGAGAUGGAAUCCAAUGGCACUGGCAAUGCUGUGAGCACGAACGACGUCUGGACCUGGGUGCUUCGCAAUCCUGAUACGCAGGCUGGUUUCUAUGUUCUGCAAAAUGCUAAUACGAGCUCGAGGGCUACAAUCGCAUUUGAUGUAUAUCUCAAUACUUCUGAGGGCAAUGCUACUGUCAAGGGCAUGGAAUUGAAGGGCAGACAGAGCAAGAUUGUGACCACAGACUACCAUUUUGGGGUCAAUCGUACUAUGUUGUUCUGCACCGCCGAUGUGCUGACGUGGGUAAUAUUGGGUGAUACGACCAUGCUAGUUUUGUACCUCGACGUUGGUCAAACCGCAGACUUCACUCUGGACACGAAGGCCAAGCAUAAGGUCUUCGGUGACAACAAGCUGGUGAGCGAUGCUAAUGACCAUGGUACGUACACGCGGUACAGCUAUACGCAAAAAGCCGGCUCAACGAUAGUGCGAUUCGAUGACGACCUCACGGUUUGGCUGCUGGAUACCGAGACUGCUUGGAAUUUCUACGCCAUCCCUCUAUCAACAGAUCCGUUUGCAAGUCCGAAUCAUCAAAUAUUAGCACUAGGGCCUUAUAACAUUCGCAACGCAAGCAUUCAGGGUAGUACUAUAGCACUGGUCGGCGAUAACGAGAACACCACUAGCCUCGAAGUCUUCGCCGGCCCAGAUGUUGGCUUAAUCUCAUGGAAUGACCAAAAUCUCGCCACAACGAUGACAGAAUAUGGUUCUCUAAAAGCUACAGCGCGCGGCUGCGAUGCAAAACCUUCUCUGCCUUCUCUGUUUUGGAAAGCUGCAGAUUCCCUGCCUGAGCUCUCUACAUCUUUCGACGACUCAAGCUGGAAGAUUUGCAACAAGACGACGACGCGUAGUCCCGUUGCUCCCCUUACGCUCCCCGUUCUUUUCAGUUCUGAUUAUGGCUACUUUGCAGGCAUCAAGAUCUAUCGCGGCUCCUUCACCUCGCGACUGGCUCGCUCUGCGAACAUUACCAUACAAGGAGGUCGAGCAGCAGGAUUUACUGCUUGGCUCAAUGGCAUUUCCGUGGGAUACACUGUUGGCAAUGCAACCUCCCCAAGCCCUGCAUCUGCCUUGCUGGACUUCUCGAAUGCAACGCUCAGUGAUCAAAACAUGUUGACGGUCGUCACAGAUUACACUGGCCACGACCAAACCAGUACCGGGCCUGCUGGAGUUGAGAACCCCCGCGGUAUACUCGGUGCUUGGCUUUAUGAUGGUGAUGGCAACGAGUUGCCUUUCAGUACAUGGAAAAUCCGAGGUAGUGCGUUAGAUGAAAAUCCGAAGCUCGAUCCUGUCCGAGGAUCCAUGAAUGAAGAUGGACUGCACGGCACAAGGCUUGGCUGGCAUUUGCCUGGAUUUGAGGCAAAUGGACCAGAGUGGACCAACGAGCAACCAAGCGUUGGCCUGAGCAAAAGUGGCGUGAGAUGGUACGUGAGCAACUUCACGCUGGACUUUCCUCAUGAGAUCGAUGCACCUGUCUCUUUCAAUCUGGAAGCAGCUGGUGGUACUAUCGCCAGUAUAGAGCUUUUCGUCAAUGGUUAUCAAUUUGGAAAAUCUCUGCCUCACUUUGGUCCCCAAACUCGAUUCCCUGUUCCACCAGGCGUGAUUAAUCAUUGUGGAAACAAUCAAAUUGCUCUUGUGAUCUGGGCCAUGACUGACGCCGGCGCUAAGUUGACCAAGGCUGAGCUUGUCGUGGACAGGACGUACCGGACUGGCUUUGACUUCAAUCAGGACUGGACUCAGCUGCAACCUGGUUGGACUCCAGAGCGAAUUCAGGAUGCGUAG